AUGGCCGGAGCAGGCGCUAAAAGGACCGGCCCGAUCCCGACGUCAAACCCCAGCCCUUCCCCAAAGCUGGCCGCUGCCUGUUUCGCCCUAAAAAGCCCGAGAACGAUCGAUUUUUCCCCGAGAGUUCGCCGGUCUCGAUCUCUCUCCUUUGACCGCCAUUUCCGAUGA